GGCGGAUCACAAGAGCAGCAGCAGCAAAGCGGAUUUAACAUGAUCAGUGAGUUUGCCCAAGAGGAUAGUACAACCACCACGACUGGCACGCAAGGUGAUGAAAUAAAUACGCAAGAGCAGGAAAGCGGUGCUGGGAGUGGGGUGAUAAGUGGUGAAAUAACAGAAGAACCACCUGAGGCACAGCAAAGCGGAACAAGUAGUACAUCAACCGUGUCUACUAGCCACAAUCGCGGGCCGCUGUUUCCGGUUCCGGAAGAUAUUGUCACCAUGAACAAAGCGCCGAAGUUCUCCGCAACAGGGACCACCACCGAAUCUGCUACCGAAUCUGUAGAUCCGGAAGUUUCCUUCGGGAUCAAGCCGUACGCCGGGGCGAGCGUGGGGGAGAAGGCCCAGGAGGAGCUGGACAAGAUUUUUGACUACUGGAAUCACAUCAUCACGGUGUUGGAGAAGGUGAAGGCGACCGGGCUGAAACCGGUGGAGGCGAAUGAACCCGCAGAGUACAAGGAAUUCAUCGACGUCACAAACUUGUGCCGUGACAAAUUUCACGUGAACGCGUUUCAUAACACCGUUACCAAGAGCGGCAUGCGAAAAGCGGUGCAAAACGACCUGCUCGAGCUGGCGAACGGGAAAGAAGUCGGCAUCGGCUCUGAGGCGGAAAAUCAAAAUAAAGCGCCGUCGUUUCGGGGGGACAUUGCCAGUUACUUUCACCGUUUUUUCAAGCCCUACGGGGAUGCCAUUGAGGCGGAGUUGGGUGAUAUGAAGGAAAAACUGAACCCGUCCGAGGAGGAGGUGCAGGAGUGCGUGCUAUCGAAAGGAAAAAUAUCCCCUCCCCAUAUCACUUCGGAAUUUCUGAUGCUGGAUCGAUUUGUGUACACAAAUCAGGUUUGUAUUGCAGAGAGAAAUUGCGGCCAGAUCCCCAGGCUGGGUAGGGGCGUAUGGGCCUAGUUGUUCAGCACGGCAAACGGCUCACCUUUAGGCCCAACAGCGUGACAAAUCGCUUCCAUAAUGGGGCGGAAGCUUCUGCCCUUGUCUUCUUGCAAGACAAAUGCGAUUCGUGACCUCAAAGCAGCAGCGCAGACUUUCGGAAACAUACCUUUUCGACAUGGGGAGGGGGGGCGUUUCCUUUUGAUACGUGCACAACCCGUAUCUCUCCGAUUCGGAGCUGCAAGUGUCGAAAAAGUGCAGGAAGUUUGCGAAGACGAUUUCGCACGCGCGCGAGUACCUGCAGCUGUACGAGAAGUUUGAAAAAAAGUUGGAGGAGAACUGCACGACGUGCAAGAACGGCAGCAAAAGCCUGAACCAAAACUGCGAAACGAAGAACUACAUUCGACGAAAGGAAUUCGAGCUGUGCGAUCAAACGCCGUUCUACGAGGGCGGAAAUAAAGCGCCCGUCCCGCCAAAGGAAGAGGUCAAUCUGCUGGCGAAGACGAAGGCGAAGGUUUUCGCGUUGUAUCCGGAAAUGGAGGUUUACAAGGCAAAACCGAUCGACCAGACGAAUCAGAAACUGGACCUCGACGCGCUGUACCUGCAAAUCGAGCAGAACGUGAACAACAUGCAAGCGAGCGAAUCGCUCUUGUCGAAACAGGUGCAGGACGUGACCAAGGCAUGGCUGGAGAAGUACGCAAAUGGCAAGGACUACCUCGAGGAGGGGUUCAAGGGGAAAGUUUCGCUGGCCUACCUCGACGAGAUGCAGCGGCAGCGGGAGGUGGCGAGCAAAGGAAAGCUGGCUUAUCUGAAGGACGCGGCGAAGAGUGGUGGUGGUGGUGGUGCUGACGCGAAAAAUUUGAACAACUCGGCCGGCAGCAUCCAGGAGCAGCGGCGGCAGGCGGUUGGCGGGGGAAAGUUUCUGGAGCACUGCCACAUGUGGAAGAAGUCCAUGGUCUUCCUCCGGAAGCUGAUGACCGAAAAGCUCACGAACGUGUACAACGAUAAGAGCACCUGGGACAGCCAGAAGCACUGCUACACCACGCGGCAGAGCUCGGAGUUGUUGUCCGACGAGCAGCUGCCGCUGGACGCGCUGUGCAAGCAAAAUGCGGAGUUCAUCGUGAACGCGCGGAAUUAUUUGCGCAUCGUAGAUACCAUGAAGGAGAAAUUUGCGAAGGCCGCCAAGGUGCAGCUGAUCGACUUGGCGAAGCCGGAAAACGCCGAGCUGAACUACGACGUAUCCUCUACAAAACUAUCGUACUCGUAGUAAUCGCAGCCAUGCAAGACAAAUUUCUUUUUCAAGCUAAAUCAGCAAGACAAACUCCAUCUGUCAUGCUGAGAUAAUUUGUAUUGCAAUACUACGAGUACGAUACUUUUGCAGUUCAUACGACGACGUCGAGAUCGAUCUGGUGCCCCAAGUCUUCAAAAAGACCGGCAUGACCGACGGAUUUCUCGGCGAUUUUGAACUGGCGAUGUCGAAAAAGAACCCCAUUUUGGAGGAGCAGCUGGCGGAAAAGGACGAGAUUUUGGCGCAAAAGCUAUGAUCCCAGUGCGAAAGGAGUAUGAUCGCGAGAGGCAGGUAGUGUAGAAUGAAUGCAUGAAGACCACACACUUCUGCGUGGUGGUGGGCCUAGUUGUACCAGACAGCAUUUCAAUGUUGCAAAAUUUGCAAAAAUUCUCAAGCCCGCUUUGCUUUGUAUUGCAAGAGGACCACCUCCACCAGGACAAAAACAAAUUCAAAACUUCUGGAGUGGCCCUGUGCGCGAAUAAUACAUUUUGCAAGGUUGAUAAGAGCAAAACAUUGAUGAAACGACAGAGAAGCGAGCGCAGAUGAACCGGGAAGGGAACGAUUACUACAAGGCGAAGGAAAAAAGUUGGUGGGAAAAAGAUUCCACGAAAAUGCUCAUGGGGGCUUGGGCGUCUCCCAUCUAAGUACCAAGAGGUGAGACUGGAAAUGCACAUGCAAAACUCUUACAGUAAGAGAGCCAGGAAAGGCUAAAGCAUACGAGAAGCUGACGCUAGUAUGGUCGCAUGAU